CAGAGUUUGCAGGGUAGUUGUUUAGCUUACGAGUUACAUAGGGAACUUCCUAUGUUUUAGCAAAUGUUUCAGUCCUGUGGGCAAACUUUCAGUGUCACGGGUAGUAAAGGAUAUACUCAGCUUUGUGAGUAAAUAUAUCCAUCGGUUUAUGUUUGUGGUGUGUAGCUGAUACUAAAGGCUGAAGAUCAACCGGGUAGCUAGCUAGUGAGCUAACGUUAGCUUGUUCAGGAUAUUGUUUCUACAGGAUCAGCUGCAGGGUUUGCCUCGGAGUUAUAGCGCUGACUUCUGUGCCUGGUGUCCGCCUUUCGUGUUUCACCCUCUAGCACGAUAACUAGGCAGCCCCGUAACAUGAAGUUAUGGAGGAGCGAAAGCUAAAGAGAAAGAGUCCCAGGACCUCCACCAACACGGCGGCUCCGACCGGGGGUUCUGGCCGGAAGAACAGUGCUUCCUCCGGGGGACGGCACGUCGGCUACAGCUACAACAUGGGGACUCACUCCAGCCAAAAGAGCAAGAGCAGGAGGGGAGCCAGGGAUAAACCCAGGUACCAGGUGGGCUUGGGUGGUAAAGCUAAUCAGAACCAGGGCCAGGCAGCACCUAUCAUCCAGCACUCCUUUUUGACAGAUGUUUCAGAUGUGCAGGAGAUGGAAAAUGGCCUGCUCAGUCUUCUCAACGACUUCCACUCAGGGAAACUUCAAGCAUUUGGCAACGAGUGCUCCAUUGGCCAGAUGGAGCAUGUGAGAGAGAUGCAGGAAAAGCUGGCCCGUUUGCACUUUGACCUCUACGGUGAGGUAGACGAAAUGCCCGAGGACCAGAGGAAAAUGGCCUGUGACACCAACAUGGACAAGCUACUUCUUAAUCUUGAGGAACUGAGCUCUUCCAUUCAGAAGCUGAAUCUAGCUGACACCCAAGAGAUCCAGAGGACUGCCAGCAUGUGAUUUUAUCAUUUCUUUUUUUCUCAUCCUCAUCUGACCCCACUGUUUGUUUUAUGCCACCCAGAGAGGCUGAAACAGAUGAGGUGGAGUCAAAGCAAGCUUUUAGGCCCUAUUUCUCUUAAGUAUUAUGCCAGAAAUGGCAACAAAGUAAUUCACCAGCGUUCCCUGUCUGCACAGGGGGAGAGAUAAAUUGGAAGAUGCCCUAAUAAGAAUGUGCCAGUGGCUUAAUUUUUCACUGUUCACCAUAUAUCAGCAGUGAGUCCCAAAUACAGUGGCUGAUAUCAAGUAGAAAAUGGCUCUAAUCUUAAUCUAGAUGAAAGUAAUGAACUUACCGAGCUAUGAUUGAAUUUCACCACCUCCUCUAAUAAAUCAGAAUCAGUAUAUUUUUUUCUUUUAGUCAGAGUUUUAUAGAGAGGGGUUUAAGAUCACAGAGAUCUUAGACUACUGUCUGACCAACAGUGCAGUAUAUUUUACAUAUUGGCUUUGGUGCAUCCCGAUGAUGGCCUGUUUAUAGUCAGGUUGUCGUCAGUUCACUAAUUUCCAAUAGUUUAGAUUUGCAAUAUGCUGCUAACCAAAGUGAUAUUGACAUUUUGAACUGUAGCUUGUUUCCAACAUAUGAUGAAUUCACAAGUCCCAGAAAGAAUAUCCUCAGCAUUUGUUUCAUCGGCUUUGUUGAAAUUGAACUAACUGCAAACUUGUUCCUUUAGCAAUUUUCGGAUUGAUAUAAACUUGCUCAGUUGCACUUUGUCUGAUCUGUUGUCACAGGUCAAAAUAUACACACAGAAAUAUGUUUAUAGUUGUUUCUCAACAUAGAGCUUUAAACACGAGCUUAGAUCUUACCUGAGACGAUAUAAACCUAGAAAGUAUUUCCUGAUUUAAUUAAAUUAUUGUAAAAUUCAUUAAAUCUGCCAAAAAUAACAUUUAAACAAAUAGUAAAUUCUGACCAUCGAACCUGCGCUGUAUCUUACAGGUGACAGUAACCCCAGUUUGCAUUUUGCAUAUGAUUUCUUGCUACAUGUGAGUGGCCUGAUAUCACCUCCAGCACAUUGUUGAAUAUAUUUGCACAUGCAAAACACAUUCAUGAUCACCGGUGUGUUGGUUAGACGCUGGAGGAGACUGAAUAAUCCAAAUGUUGACAUCACAACCAUGCCUUAAUUUUUUUAAUUUGAUCAUUUUUGCCUUAUUGUUUCUGACCUUUUCAUAGAACACGUUGAUUUUAGGUUUGGAUUCUGUGUUUAAAAUGAUAUAAUCACUUGAUGCUGCUUUGAUUGUAAAUUCUAUGUAUUUUAACCAAUGUUGUUGGGGGUAGUGGGAUUAUUUUUGAAGUGUUUUACUGUUUUAACUGUUUUGUGGUUUCAUUUUUAUCGACUUAUUAAUAAAUGUGUUGUCUGAC